AUGUCAACUGAAUUCAAAUAGCAAUCUCAAAAGAGAUGUAUAUCAAUUCCUCUUCUGCCUAAAAUAAUUGGAUCAAGUGGCUAUGUGCUAUCACAGACUGAGGUGUCAGAGUAACUUGACAGUUUCCCUACUGAGGAUGAAAACCUCGUAAAUAUGAGUGUGCCUGAUGAGUAUUUAGAAGAACCUCAGGAUGAAGACUAGCUAGAUGAAGAGGGGUAGAAGAGAAAUUUCACUGGCAAUGAUAACAGUAAAAUACUGUCCAAUCUUAUUAAUGGAAACCUUAAUGUAGAGUAAUACAUUAGAGAUAAGCAGCGAAGACUAUAAGAACAAUAUUAGGCAAAUGAGAUCAUUUAUGAGGAAGAGGAUCAACCAGAUGGGUUCUCAACCCAGAAUUCAGCUCUGAGUCGGAAACCAGCAACUCUAAGUAAUUAAGACAUAUCUCAAUUUCUUCUACAAACUUUUGAUAAGGAGACUCUUAAGGAAAUAUAAAAUGGCAGUAUCGAUCCAAAUUAUACUUCAUAGAUUUAGCACGAUAUCUAAAAGCUAAGAGAUACCAUAUUUAAACUAGAGGGGAUAAUCUAAAGUAAGUAAUCUCUACUGCAGCAUAUGAAUGGGCCACAGCUGUAAACUGAUAAAUCCAAGUCUAACAUAGCAAUACCUACAAGUGAGUCAGUUAACUCUAGCUCUGCUAGCUGUAAGCGUAAAAGCAACAUUUCUUAUGCGUCUACUUAAAGCUGUCGUUCAAGAACAAUAAAAAAUAGCUUUAGCAGUAGCAGCUUCUAGAACUAGAGUAAUAACACCAAGUCACAAUAAAAAUUAUAAACACCCCACCAAUCUAAUAAGGUUGAUGGUGAUCCAGCACUAAAGUUGACUACAGUACAGUCUAUGAUGGCCUCCUUUACUAAGCUUAUGAAAAGUCAAAUAAAUAAUGAAGUUAAGAUUUAAAUGAGGCCAACUAACAGAAAAAUGUUCAAGUCUGUAGCUGAUGCAGCUUAGCUAAUUAGAUAAGGAGAUUAAGAUAAAAAUUCAAUGCAUUCUAAUAACGGCAUAUCACCAAAAAGAUCAUUAAAAAGUUUAAAUAGUGCAGGCAAAAGUGGUUCUAAAAUUAGUAAGGGAAAAAUUAAUCAUAAAAGACAAAUCGAAUAAAUGAACGGGGACAAAGAAAACAAUAUCCCUAGAAAGGCACUUGCCUAAAAUAAAUCUGGUAGCCAGAGGAAUACACAAAUAGUACCUAAAUCAAUCAGUCACGGAUCCAAACCUAUAAAAAUAGUCGAAAAACUCUUCUGA